AUGAAACCACAAGUGUUAAUUGGUUCAUGUAAUGGGUUCAUUUGUUUGUUGCAUGGUUCGACGUAUGAUGAAAACCAUUCGGUUUACAUUAACAAUCCUCUUUUGGGUGAGUAUUUCAAACUUGAAUUGCCCGAAUGGGAUAAAAGUGUUUGUCGUGUUGCUUAUGCAUUUUGCUUUAGUGAAGCGUCUGGAAAAUAUAAAGUAUUGAGAUUAGUAGUUAGAGAGUUUAGGGGUCGUCCUGAAGUAUCUGAAUUGGAGGUUUAUACUCUUGGAGUUGAUGAGAACUGGAGAAAUGUGGGCCAAGUUCCGUGUCGUGAAUUGUAUGAGUUUCGCAAGGUUUAUGUCAAUGGUGCUCUUCAUUGGAUGGAUCAAGGAAAAAAUGACAGCAUUUACUCCUUCAAUAUUGGUACAGAAAAGCUGAAAUCGUUGCCACCUCCACCUGGUCUGAGAACUCAAUGGUGGUGCUCGAAGCUAGUAGAGUUGGGGAAUUGUCUAUGUUUGACCGAUUAUUGCAGACAGCGUGUUGAUAUCUGGCGGAUGAAAGAGUAUGGGAUUGCUGAAUCUUGGACUAAAGAUAGCAUCUUGGUUUCUCUUUCGCAACGAUAUUAUGUUUUUGCAUCUCUUUUAUCACUUGCCAAAUUUAAUGGGGGUUUACCAAUUGCAACUGAUUUUCCUCUUAUGUCCUAA